AACAAAAAUUCAGUUUUUUAUUCCAUUGACUUCCGUUUGUUUACGGCAUCUGGUUUCCAGAAUACAAAUUUCUCGUCUCUCAUAUGCGCCCAUCUCAUUUUCCUUGAUUUUAAUAUUGUCUGAACAGCACAAAUCUUAGAGAUAAAAUUGUACAUUUCUCACCAGUCUGCUGUUAGUGUUCGAGCCAUAUAAUAGCGAGUCUGGUGUUUAUUUGGGUUGUUACGUACGUCGUCACAGACAUCCUGGAGUUUACAUCUGAAAACCACACGAAAGCCAAGUCCUUCCUGCUAACUGAGAUACCACUGCAUUUGUUCUCGGUUGGCGAAAUUGUUUGUGGCAACAGACAAGUGUGCCGUUGCUUGUUAUCAGCGGGAAGAUUGCGCAGAACUAAGACGGGAAAUUUGGUUGGACGUCUUAGUUCUUUCAGCAGUUUGAAGAGGCAUUUUCUGUUCGUAGUGAUUAAGGAACAGAACUUCUAACGAACAUGCCGUGGCAACUCAUUAAUGAAGUUAUGUCCGAAGGUUUCAAAGCCCGGGAUAUUGGGCUGAGAGCCCAGAAAAAGAUUCUGAGUCGAAUGGCAAACAAGAAUGUCGCCAAGGUGUUUAUCGAUGACACUACAGCCAGCCUUCUAGAUAAUGUCUACAAGCUUGCGAAAGCUUACAGUGGAAACAAGAAAGAGGCCGAGAAACUAGUGAAGAAUAUUAUUAAAAUGGUUAUUAAAUUGGGCGUGCUGUACCGGAAUGGGCAGUUCUCAAGCGAUGAGCUGAAGCAAGCAGAACGUUUCAAAGGACGUUUCCAUUCAGCUGCCAUGGCAGUUGUCAGUUUCUACGAGGUUGACUUCAGCUACGAUCGACAUUACCUGUUAUCUGCACUGAACGAGUCGCGGGCAGCAAUUCGACAGCUCGUCCAACGACACCUCACGGACAAGUCACUCGCAAGAAUCGAUUAUGUGUUUGGUUUCUUUGCAAAUCCAAAUUUCUUGGAUGCGGUGUUUAAAAAAGAUUCUGAUUACAGGGAUAUCCUGGGAAGAAUUGUAGCAGACAUGAAUCGAGCUAUGGAUGAAGGCGGAAUGUGAAUGUGGCUACUUAAUCUGUUAUUAGAAACUCAAGUAUCUGAAACACGCGGACGGUUUUGUACAAUUCACGCAGAAUGCACCUUUUAAUAAAGCUUUUUUUUUCACGAGAAGGUAACAAGGGUACUAUAGUCAGGUGAUUUGUCAUACUCGUAAUAUAAAACGACGCACCAAUUUGUUGAAAUAAAGAUUAAAUAUAAUUUUUUAUUUACGAUAUACAUUUUGACCGUUUUAAAUGAACGAUCGUCGAUUCCACUCUAGUGACACGUUUAACGGAAACACUGAACUGCCCUCUGGACGGUAAAGGAUAUUAACAGUCUUUCAAUUGACUGCCGAAGUUCAAAGUAAUGUUAUUGAAAUUAGUUCAGUGGUCUUCAACUAGAUUGGAAUGUAAUAUGUGGCCCCAGUAACUAAAUCUAUAUAAAGAUCUUACGUAUCAUUUUACACUUCACAGCGCCGUGAACGUAAUCGCUUCAUUUCCAGUUUUUGUGAUCCUGAGAAAAAUACCAGGCAAUUAUUACUUUCAAUUUCAACUUCUAAGCUUGUGGUUUAUUUUCACUAAUUUAAAUACGUCUGUAAUAUGUCAAUAUGUCGCUGAAUUUGUUUAGGGUGUAAGAACACGGAUAUCAUGUUUUAGUUUUACGUAUGCUUAAUGAAAAAUAAACACUAAUCUUAAGGAACAUUUUGCUUAAAUAGAAGUUUGAUUCAGGUUAAGAACUGGAGAGAUUUAGGGUCUCAUUUAAUACGAAACGUCUGUUGUAAGUUUCGUAUUCGUAUGAUAAGAGCUUAUCGAUAUCUGCCGGAACUUAAGUAUUAAUAACCUUUUUUUUCCCAGACGUUAGUGCGUAGAACAUUAGUAAUUUAAGAGCCUUCAUCAUUUUUGCAUUUGUUAAGUAAUUAUGAUCUAGUCACAAGUACUGUACAGGAAUGGGAGAUAAAUAAAUACUUUUUUUACUCUGUUGUGAAGAAAUAAACUAUUUGGAAUUCUGUUCUCUGUUUCUUGGUCUUGAUUCCACAAUUUUUUUUGAAUAAAUCGUAUUGGAACAAUCCAUUUUCUUUUAAGAUAAAAACAAUUAGUAGUAACCUGUCUUUUUUAAUAAUGACGAUAAUCGAGUUCGUUGUUUUUCGAAGCUGUUUCGUAUGCACAGGAUUCAUAUCUGCUGCGUCUUACGUGCCAACGAAGGCAUUUGUAUGUUUAAGGGUCAUAUAUAAAAGGAAUUUUAUCCAGACUUAAAAUCUUUACGCUUUGCUUGUGUUUGAAAAUAAUACAGAGACAGCGAAUUUAACUUUCUUGUACAAAUACGUAGUUGAAGACCAUUGAAUUAACUUUAUUUUUACCGAGAUAUGGAAGCCCUCUGAACAGAUAUUUGAUGGUGCCUGAUUUGAAGUCCCAUAUGAGCGAGAAAGCUUUUAUGGAAAAGAAAUAAUUUGCCCACUUCCGAAAACAGGGCAUUCAUAUGGUAUCUCAUUUUACGGAAUUAAUCAGUCUGCUUGUGAGACAGAAAUAUUUGAGAGUGGUUUCAUUGCAGUUCAUCAUUUUUAUCAAAUAAUUUUUUUUAUUGAAACUGAAUCCAGUACAAAAGCUACUCUAGAAAUGUAUAUUAUUAUCAAUAUUAGAGCUUGGUGUUGUGUUUAUAUUUUAACUACGUACUAUGAGGAUUUUACAAAGUAUACUGCUUAUAAUGUUGCCUUUAGCGUGGUUAUCGAUAGUCACAUACGAUCAUGACCGUACCACAGAAGCUUGCGAUAAUAAUACAUAACCUCACAUUUUAUAAGCCACAAGAAGAUAGUUCAAUAGAUUAAUUAAAGUAUAGUAAUUCUCGCAUAAAAUUAAUUUCUUCUGUGUUUAAUGACAUUCAAAUUAAAUGUCUCAGGUAAAACAACCCGUUUUGUGUUGCCGUAAAUGGCACUGUUGAUUUUAUAUUUGUAAUAUAAACUUGACGUACCAUAAACGCGUGGACUGAAAUUCUACGUGUUUGCAGUGAUGGCUACAUCGGUGAAACAAGAAAAAUGACUAAAUUUGUAUUAUUUAGAAGACCAUUGCAAGUUUUUCAUAUAUCAUACAAUCCGUCUGAAAUCAUUUUAUAUUUUUCACGUGACGUGGCUUGUAAUUAUUUAACUCAUAUUAACAAUUUUAUUCACGACAGUUAUAAUAAUUUCUAAUGCAGACGAAAGUACACGCCUAUUUACAAGGCUCGAUGCAUACGACAGAGUACUCGAGUCAGUGAUUCUGUGAGUUGAUAAACAGGAAUUCAUGAUCAUGGAUUUUGUUUCAGUUUUUUUUUAAAUUUAAGAAUACUUAUUAAUGUUUUGACACUACUUUUCCAAUUAUUUUCUAUUAUACCAGUGUGAUGAGAUUAAUUUAAUUAAAAUUGGCGAACAUUCAUAUAUAGAACUAAAUAAACAUUUUUACAGAAUUUUUAAAACAAAUUAAUGAGGUGUACAUUUUUAUAAUAUAUUGAUCUUGAUUUCUCUUAUAUGGAGACGUAACUUCAGACGUGUAGAACUUCAUCAAAUCUCGCGGUCCAAACCUCCAUAUACAACACGUAGGUCAUGUAAUCAACAUUUAACAGUUGUAUUAGUAGUUAUUUUGAGUCUCAUGGAUCAUGUACUCAUUUUAAAUAGCUGCAGUCUAAGUGGAUCUAUAGAUUAAAUGAAGGUGUAUUGAUUCUGUGUAAAUGAAUUACACAAGGAUUUUCAGAUUGUGAAUAUAAAUUACGAUAUUUAUAUCAUCACUUAUCGUUAUUUGAUGUAAUGUUAUAUGUAAUGCUGUGAACAUUUGUAUGAAGACAUGGUAUUUAUAAUUUUAUAAUUUAAUACUUCCUGUGUGUAGCAGUGGAAGUGAUGCAGUUACUAAAUCAAAAUAUACGGACGUUUCUCAACAUUAUCGUGAGCUAGUAUUGUCCUUUGAGGUUAAGUUCGUUUCAGAUAUGCAUAAAUGUGCACAUAUUUAUUUUAAUUUUAUUUAUUUUAAGGUCUAGCCGUUAUGAUUAUUUAAUAACAUUGGUAAUGCAGAUAUUAAUGUGACGAUUUAAUAUUUGUUCACCCGAUGACGAACUCUAAGACUUAAUCUUUCAAAUUUGACUUAACAUCUACUCUGCCGUUGAACAAUCCAAAUAAAUAAACGUGCGUAUUAUGUACAGUCAAUGGUUAGUAUAAUUUAGGAACCACAAUAGAACAAAUUUACUAUAAACAUUCGUGAUGAUGGUGUUCUUCCGGGUUCUGGAGUCACGUGGAUUGGUCGAUAGACGCCUAUGUGAACAUUCUGGAUUAAGGGCAUGAAAUUAUGUCGUAAAUAAUGGCUUUCGUUAAAAUAUGACACCGAAACUGCUACGUCUUGUUGAGUAACGUGCAAGUUAGUUUAAAUCGUAAGUUAAGAAGGAAAAAAAGAAUUUAUUUAGCAUGAAUUGUAUAAAAUUCUGUAAAAUUUACAGGCUCUGUAAGUAAUUUUGUUGUGUAAUUUCAUUGCACAACGAAAUUUGAUGUUUACUGCCAUAGAAGAAACUUCGUUGUUUUCUGAUUUUUUAACUAGCAGCGUUACGACAAAGUCCUAACGCUGCAUAAUGACCAAUGACCAGUUGUAUAAAGUAUAUCGUGUAUCAGUCAGCAUAUCUUAUAUAUUUACAUGUAUAUUUGUUGUCAGUGAUGUGUUUUUACAUUAAAUUACUCCACCGGGUGAGUUGAAAUAGUGAAAAGACUGUCGAGCUCUAAAACGUGUUUAAAAUUGCGCAAAGCCUUGUGUAGUCUCUGUUUCACGUGCCAUUAUAACGCAAUUUUUAUUAGUAUACUUAGUACGUCAGUGAAACUGAAUUUUUACCAUAUUGGCUGUAUGUUUUGUACUCGUCAUUUGUAUUAUAGUGCAUUUGUUGUUUUAAAUAAAAUGAGUUGUGUUUACCGAA